AAACAAUUAGUCAACUUGACACCUUUCCUCAAUGGCUAAGAAAAUGAAGGGUUCUUCAGACCUGGACUUCAUUUCAAUUCCAUAUUUCCCACUCACAAGCCUAUAAAUACAACUAUUAGUCCAUCUCCUCAGCAUAUCCAACUCUUGUGCCAAACCAGAAGUGAUAAAAAUCAGGAGUUAUCAGAGAAUGGAGAAAAAAAGACAAGAAAGCUGGUUCCGAAGGCAGAUUUCGGGCCUAAAAGGUAAAGAUAAUCGUCCAAGAGAAGGAGCCUUUGAAGCAGCAGUUGCAGCAGCUGCAUUUGCUAUUCAAUCAGUGGAAGAAUCUAAAACCCCUAACUACAAGACCAGAAAUGGACGACUGCCUAAUUCUAAUAGAGUAAUUAGGCAAUUCUCACACAAGAAAACAAAUAAUUCAGGUGAAACUUCAAACUGGAAAUCAAUGGAACAGAAUAAGGAAGGAAAGAGAGUUUCUUGGACUGAGAAAUUAAAGCUUAAGUCUUCCCUUAAGGCAGCAAAAUCAGUUGAUUCUUCAAAGAAAGAUGGAUGGUGAGCAUUCAACAACUUGAAAUCAACAAUAACAAAAGCUAGUAUUAACAGUUUUCUGCUCUUUCCAUUAUCUUCAUGAACUUGGUCAGGUAUGAGAAGCUGCAAUCACUUCUUCAUUGGGGAAAAUAAGAGAUGGUUAUACGUAGAAUAUGUACCAAAACAAAUGAUACAUCAUAAACCAUAGUUGUACUAAAAAAUCAGACUUAACUGUAUUCCAUCUGGAUUCCAUCCCUGAUAACCAAAUUGUUUUUCCCUUUUUUGUUUUUAAAUCCUCAUCUAAUGUUCUUCUUCAAGAUGUGGGUGAAGUAGACACAACACUUAAAACAUGGCAUUGAUAGAAAUGGAACAUUUCAUGCAGUUGAUUUGAAGGGGUGGAAACACAUCUUGCUUGAAAGGAAAUGGUACAUUCAUCCUAACCACACCAAUUUCCAGUGCUUCCAUCAGAUUCUUCUGUGUGCCAACUCUUUAUCUCCCACCAAGGACCAAAGGAUCAUCGUCUCAUCACAAUCAAAUCACCAGGGAAUAAUUGGCUUUGGAAAAUAUAUCACCAAGGAUCUUAAUAUGCAUCACAUAAAUGAUGCGGUGGUCACAGCCUUAAGGGGACCAUAAGAUCAUCCCAAAUGACAUUCCACUACACUCCCAUUUACAGUUGAUAUUAUAAACACCCAAUUUUGCU